AAUUGUCUGCACGAAUUAGAAAGAAUCGGACAAUCAUAAAAGAUAAUCCUCAUGUUGCUCUCGUGACAUUUUUAACGGUCGUCUACUUUGUUUAUACCCCCAUUAAUUCAAGAUUCAAUAAAGUUAUUGCAGUCACGUUCGAACACGCGAUGCAAUCCAUCCCAUGAGCCAAGGUUAGAUCGCAGUUGACUCGGUGAAAAGUCACGGAAAAGGAUGCAUUCUGGGCACUGAUUUUUCUAGCCACGGCUCUGUACAACUCAUCGCGUUGCUAACGCUGUUACUUAACGUCCGUUUCAACUUUCUAUUCGCACGCGAGUACUUUCGCACUCAUUUACGCGCAUUGUUCCGCGUUCAAACGUUAUUCCAUCAGUGAUGAACUGACAUCAUUUUAAAUACCUCUGGUAUUAAGAUUCGCCGAGAAUGGAAAAGACGAUGGGUUUUGCUAGUGGUAGUACGCAGCCUUCUGCACCUCCGCCUUCGGCUCCUCCAUCCUACGAAGAAGCUGUCGAGAAUGCAGCCCAAGUGCAACGCCAACAGAACAUUCCACCGUAUCCAGUGGGGCCAUCAUCCAUGCCAGUACCAACUCACAAUCUGCCAUCGAAUCAAACGACGGUGCCAUAUCCGCCGAACUAUACGGGAGUACCGAGCACCGAAGCUCCCCAGCCACAGUACAACGCGAAUCCGAGUACCGGGACUGUACCACCGUCGGAAGUUCGUGUCGUCUUUCAGCCAGUGAUCUUCUCCCUCAGCCCGAAUCCGACGAAAACCGUCUGCCCGACGUGCCACGCCAGUAUCAAGACCACUACGAUAUCCGAUCAUCAACCUAGCGCCCAUCUUUGCUGUAUCGUCCUCUGCAUACUCGGAUGUUGUCUCUGCUCAUGCCUGCCGUAUUGCAUGAGCAACUUCAUGAGUGUUCAUCAUUUUUGUCCGAAGUGUAAAAAUUACAUAGGUACGUGGAAGGGUUGAGCUAGCUGCGGCCAACUGGUUAUUUGUAUAUUAUUAUCGCGGUCCUUUAUAUAAUCAGACACAGUGUAACGUUACGGGGAGUAGUCGAUAUUUCCCUGCUUGUCACGUAUUACGUUAAGAGAUGAAACUAUUCGAUGAGAUUGUUGUAGGUCGUAUUAUAAAUAUUAUAUAUAUAUACAUAUAUAUAUAUAUUAUAUCUAUGACGCUUAUUCCUCGCGAAAUUCCGGUACGAAUGCAACGUUGUAAUGUGUGAUAGCCAGAAGGAUCGUAGACUUCGUGUUGACAUGUAAGUGAUAGGUGUGCUGGAGUGUGUGGAUUUAUAAUUACUGUGAGGGUAAUAUCAUAAAGAUAUUUUCGAGCUCGAAUCUGCGAACGAUAUUACUCUCAUACUGUUGCAUUUGUCAUAUUCCAUCUAGUUUUAGGAUAUCUUUUCUAGGAGAAGCAUACAAAGUUCGUCUGGAACGCAAAGGAAAGGACGCAGAAAUAUUUGUUUCCUUUGCGUUACCGAUUUCUCGAUUGGAUUGAUUGUUCUAUUGAGUUUUCUGUAAGCGAGAGAGAGAAGAGAGAUUUGUAUGAGUGAGCGUAGGAUAAAUGUCGAUUCCAUUUCCAACAAUGUUCGUGUAUUUUUAUUUUUGUAUUUUAUUGGUGCUUCCGGGACUUUAUGUGAAACGUGUUCCUGCAUAUUAUGGGAACACGAAGUAUCGUAUGAAAAGUAAUAUUUUUAUGGAAAGUAUAAAGAAUCUCGUUUGAGUGAAAAUUUGGUUCACUGGCUUUCGUUUCCGUAAUUCGAUACUCGAAAAAUUUUGAUCGUUAUCGGUGAACAAUUUUUAGGGAGACUCUCGUGUAAUGAGAAGCUUCGAAUAAAACUAAUGAUUUUUGGAUA